AUACAUCAGGUUUGUGCAGUUGAGCUCUUGGUGUCAUUUGAGUGUUAUCUUUGAAAGCACAGACAUGGAAUGGGAAGAAAUAUGCAAGACAGUCCUUGUGUCUGCAGGAGCUGGUGGAACUGUGAUUCUGACUCCUGCCAUUCUGGCUUCACUGGGAUUCACUUCAGCUGGAAUAGCAGCAGGCUCCAUCGCUGCCCAACUGAUGUCAUAUUUCGCAAUCGCUAGUGGAGGUGGAGUUGCAGCAGGAGGUCUCAUAGCAAUCUUGCAGUCCUGGGGUGCAGCAGGUAUGUCAUGGGCUGCCACUGCAUUAUUUGGCGGUUUUGGUGGAGCAGCGGCUUGGGUGCUCUCAACUGUGUGUAACGUGACUGUGGUUUAUGAAGAUUAACAUGUUAAAAAAACACAAACUGACCUACAAAUGUUUUCUCCUGUGACAAAUUUUAAUCGCCUGAAUGAAACGUUAUUCUUAUGUGUGAAUGUCAAACACUGAGAUUAAAGCAUAUUUUGAGAUUUAAGUUACAAAAAUGGUUCAUAAAAAUUUCAUUCAGAUUUUAUC